UCGUCGUCGUCGUCCAGGACGUCGUCCCAACGAGACUGGUUGCCCCGGGCCGACGCUCAAACGCCCUCUUCCUUCUACGUCUCCAAAUUACUUUCAGCCUCCUCUUUCCGCUUCUCUGCGUCAUUUUCCUCCUCUUCUUCUUCUCCUUCUUCUUCUUCUUCGUCGUCGUCGUCGUCAUCGUCGUCGUCGUCGUCGGUCUCGGUGUCCUCGCCAAGUAGCUGCGGCUCGAGCGACGUGCGGUGGUACUCGCGGACCGAGAGACCGUUUUCAUGGACGAGCCACACCGGGUCUUUCGCCUGGACCGUUUUGUUCCUAUUGGUACUCGUGUUCCCCAUUUUCGCGGACCAUCAGAAGGGGACUGCGACGAGUCCCUCCAAAGAAGACGGAGUGUGCCAAAGCAUAGACAUAAGAAACUCCGUGAAUCAGUUCUCGAAACUGAAGGGGUGCCGACUAGUCGAAGGAUUCGUACAAAUCGUACUGAUCGACAACGCCAAGACGUCGGAGUUUGCCAACAUCUCUUUCCCGGAGCUGAGGGAGAUCACCGGAUAUCUGCUGUUUUACAGGGUCAAGGGGUUGCGCAGCAUCGGCCGGCUGUUCCCGAACCUGACGGUGAUCCGCGGCCAUUCCCUCUUCAUCAACUACGCCCUGGUAGCGUUCGAGAUGAUGAGCCUGCAGGAGAUCGGGCUGCACAGUCUGACCACGAUCAUCAGGGGAUCGGUGCGGUUCGAGGCGAACCCGGCGCUAUGCUACGUCAAGACGAUCGAGUGGGAGCUGAUCGCCAAGGCCGGCAAAGGGGAGCACGUGAUCGGGCAAAUGGCAGAAACAGAAAAGGGGAACAGUCCGAGGAACAGCUGCCCCGUCUGCGACAGACACUGCCCGACAAGAUCGACCUCCAAGGACGAGACUCUCUGCUGGAACCAGCAACACUGCCAACGAGUUUGCGACCCGAGCUGCGAGAACAACGCGUGCCACAUGAACGGCACGUGCUGCGAUCCGUCGUGCCUGGGCGGAUGCGACGGGCCGACGUCCUACAACUGCACGGUGUGCAAGAACGUGAUGACCUUGGAGCACGAGUGCAGGGAGCGAUGCCCGGAGGGCACGCUCGAGUUCAUGAACUACCGGUGCAUCGAGGAGGACAGGUGUCUCACGAUGGAGAAGCCGCGCGAGGCGUUCAACGUGAAGCAGCAACCGUACAAGCCGUUCAACGGUAGCUGCGUGCUGCAAUGCCCGCCGGGCUACACGGAGGAGAAGCUCGCGGGGAAGAAGUCCUGCAAGAAGUGCGACGGCCCGUGCCAGAAGGAGUGCGAGGGCGCCAUGGUGGAGAACAUAGCGUCGGCCCAGAGGCUGCGCGGCUGCACGAGGAUCAAGGGCAGCCUGGAGAUCCAGAUCCGCGGCGGCAAGAACAUCGUGAAGGAGCUGGAGGACAAUCUGAGCACGAUCGAGGAGAUCAACGGCAACCUGAAGAUCGUGCGUAGCUUCUCGCUGAUCUCGUUGAACUUCCUGAAGAAGCUGCGGCUGAUCGGCGGCAACGACAGCAGCUCGAAUCACUCGCUGCUCGUGAUGGACAAUCAGAAUCUGCAGGAGCUGUGGGACUGGAGCUGGCACGAGAACAUCCAGAUCAGGUCGAUGGGCAAGCUCGGCAAGGUGUCCUUUCACAUGAAUCCGAAAUUGUGCCUGCACAAGAUCGAGACGCUGCGCGAGAAGGCGGGACUGGCGCCGUUCACCAAGGACGAGGUGGCGCCGGACAGCAACGGCGACAAGGUCGCCUGCAACGUCACCGAGCUGAAGACCCAGGUGGGCAAGAAGUCGCCGUGGAGCGCGGUGAUCGAGUGGGAGCCGUUCAUCCACCACGACGCCAGGUCGUUGCUCAGCUACGUGGUCUACUUCAUCGAGGCGCCGAACAAGAAUAUCACCAUGUACGACGGCAGGGACGCGUGCGGCGGCGACGGCUGGAAGGUCGACGACGUGUUCAUACCGAAGAACACGUCCAACCAGCUGGAGAGGUCCGUGCAGACACACUUUCUCUCGCAGCUCAAGCCGUACACCCAGUACGCCUACUACGUGAAGACCUACACCAUCGCCACGGAGAGGUCCGGCGCCCAGACCAAGCUCACCUACUUCAGGACUCUGCCGGACGCGCCCACCGCGCCCAGGGACUUCAACAUCUGGAGCACGACCAGCGACGAGCUCAAGAUGAACUGGCUGCCGCCGCAGUACAAGAACGGCAACCUGACUUUCUACCGCAUCUACGGCCGCUGGGAGCCCGACGACCAGAAUUUCAUCAACCAGAGGAACUAUUGCCACGAACCGAUGCUGGCGACUGACAAGAAGCACAACUCGCUGGAGGAGGAACAGCUGCUGGCGAGACGGCUCGCGGAGGAGAAGAUGGAGUCGAUGGCGCCGGAGAAGUCCUGCAAGUGUCCGGACCGCGAGAACGAUCAGUCGCAGCGCGAGAACGAGGCAUCGAGCUCGAUCGCGUUCGAGGACGCCCUGCAGAACCAGGUGUACGUGAAGCGGAAGAUGAGGCGGAAACGCGAGAUCGGGAACGCGUCCGGUUACGACAACGCGUCCGGCUACGACAACGCGUCGCCGACCGACACGGACAAGCAGAACGUCGACAAUUCCACCGCCUUCGAGGUACAGAUACCGAGCACGAAUCUCUCGUUCGUGAUGGACAAGCUGCGGCACUUCGCCCUCUACAACGUCGAGGUGCAGGCGUGCAGGGCUCAGGAGAUGAACGACACCUACAAGAAGUGCUCCACGAAGAGCAUGAGGACCUUCCGGACAUUGGCGAAGGAGAGCGCCGACAACAUUCCGCCGGACUCCAUCAAGAUCAGCAUGUCCAGCGAGAACAACAGCCUCACCGUGGUCACGCUGCAGUGGGACGAACCGCCGGAGCCGAACGGGCUCAUCGUCACCUACCAGAUCGAGUACAAAAGGAUCGACAUCGAAAACUACAAACCGAUGGUGAUCUGCAUCACCCGGCAGAACUUCACGAAAGAAAGGAAAUCGUACGUGCUGAGAGGCCUGCAGCCCGGCAACUACUCGAUGAAGGUGCAAGCGACGAGCCUGGCGGGACUCGGCGAGCCCUCGCCGAUUAAAUACUUUUACAUCAAGGAGCCGAACACCCUCGACAUAUUCUGGAUGCUGUUCUGGCUGGUGUUGUGCACCAUCAUGCUGCUGUUCUCCGCGUCCCUCUAUUACAUCCACAGGAAGAAGUUGACGAGGAACGCGGCCAGCUCGACCCUGAUCGCGACGGUGAACCCGCAGUACAUCAGCAUGCCGUACGUCUUGGACGAGUGGGAGGUGCCCAGGGAGAAGAUCGAGAUGCUCAAGUCGUUGGGAAACGGCUACUUCGGCAUGGUCUACGAGGGGAUUGCCAAGGACAUCGUCAAGGGGAAACCGGUGGUGCGCUGCGCCGUUAAAACCGUCAACAAGGACGCCACCGAUCGGGAGCGGAUCGAGUUCCUCAACGAGGCGUCCGUUAUGAAGGGUUUCGACGCCCACCACGUGGUGAAGCUGCUGGGCGUGGUGACGAGCGGCCAGCCGACGCUGGUGAUCAUGGAGUUGAUGGCGAACGGCGACCUGAAGAAGUACCUGCGGAGCCACAGGCCGGACAGCUGCGACGAGUCGAACCCGCCGCCGAAGCUGGAAAGGAUCCUGCAGAUGGCGAUCGAGAUCGCCGACGGCAUGGCGUACCUGGCCACGAAGAAGUUCGUGCACAGAGACCUGGCAGCUCGGAACUGCAUGCUGGCGGAGGACCUGACCGUCAAGGUCGGCGACUUCGGCAUGACGAGGGACAUCUACGAGAGGGACUACUACCGGAAGGGUAGCAAAGGCCUGCUGCCGGUCAGAUGGAUGGCGCCGGAGAGCCUGAAGGACGGGCUGUUCAGUAGCUUCUCGGACGUGUGGAGCUACGGGGUGGUGCUGUGGGAGAUGGUGACCUUCGCGUCGCAGCCCUACCAGGGCCUGUCGAACGACCAGGUUCUGCGGUACGUGAUCGACGGGGGCGUGAUGGAGCGGCCGGAGAACUGUCCGCAACUUCUCUACGAUCUGAUGAAGAAGACCUGGAAGCACAAAUCGGCCAAGAGGCCCACGUUCAUGGACAUCGUCGGCACGCUGUUGGACCACACCGACAGGACCAGCUUCCAGCAAGUUAGUUUCUACCACAGCGUCGAGGGCAUCGAGGCUCGCAACCAGAACAAGACGAAUUCCUCGCAGUCCAACGAGCACCUGGAGCUGUUCACCCUCGAGGACCCGCGCGAAGAGGAGGCGGAGGGCGAGGAGGACUCGCCGCUCCGGCAGGACUUCGGCGACUUCGGGAACUUCAAGCCGGGCGUCAUCAAGAACAGCUUCAGCCCCGGCUACAGGCUCGACUCGUACGGCGAGAACUCGAAGGCGACGAUCAACUGCCACACCAUGAACUCGUCGAACGUCCCGCUGAAGGCCGGCUUCGACGACUUCGACGGCGUCUCCGGGGACUCGAUCGCCUCCGGCAAGGACACCUUGAACCUGCCGUUCGUCGAGGACAGCUUGAAGUCCUCGGUGAAGAGCUCGCCGUUCAUGAACGCGAGGAGCGCGUCCCGCAGCAAUCUGAGCCAGCUGUCGAUCGGCAACAAGUCGGCCAGCCCGAGGAAUUCCAGCAAGAAGAGCUACGUGGGCAGCCCGAACUCCUCGAAGCUGGCGAACCCGGAUUACGAGAACGGCAGCCCGGAGGUCCUCUUGGCGGCGGAGAAGCGGGAAAUGGUGCCGUUGAGGGUCGACUUCCCCUCCAUCGAGGCCAUCGACGUGGACGGCCCCGGUGUCGAGACUAAGGAGCCGGUCAGCCCGGCCGAGUACGCGAACAAACCGGACACCCUGAACAACGGGUACAUCGGCAGCACGACCACGUAGUCUUAACGCGCUCGCGGCGGCGAGCUCGUCGCGGCUCGCGCUCCGAGGAUCGAGGACCGAUGCCCGAAGACCGUUCCAGACCGCCGAACGGCGGAAGAACAAGAGGUCGCCGGUGUUCAGGGAUCAUCGCGGAGGGCAGUGUCUGCGAGACGAAAGUGCGUUUCGGACUCUAGCCGUUUCACCGAAACGGUCGCGUGCUUUCCCGAACGAUGAUUCGAUCGGCGAUGCGGCGGCGUCGCGUCGCCGAUCCGCCGCGAGAUCCGUCGCCGAUCUCGCUCCAGCCCAGCGGGCACGCGGCACCGAUGCCCGUGCCGGAUCCGAAAUAGAUCUUCGACUUCGUUGCGUCAAUUGCUAGCGCGUGAGAUCCUCACGGAAUGCCGUUCGUUCAUGUUACCUGCCCGCGGAUAGCGAUUUAGAGCGGAAAGUAGGUGCGUGUACAGGCGGAGAAGAGCGGAUUGAACGAACGGAGUUCGCGUCCGAUUCUGGAGCAAGGUCGUCCGCCGUCAUUCCGUGACGAUUUGAUCGGUAGAUGGUUGAUUAGUCGAAUCUCCGGGAUGGUUAACCGGUUCCGACUUAACCUUGAUCGAGGCUCGCACGACGACGGUGCCCGUUCGACAACGGGAACACCGUCCUCUGAUCGAACGAUAGAUUCUCUUUUACCCACCUGGGCAGCCGUCGAGGUCCGUACGAAGCGACCGGGUUUUGGAUCUCUCUGGGGAGCUUCGCUCGCGGUUACCCAGGUUCAGCAGACACUGCCUUUUUAACCAGACUCGCGGUAUACAGACGGAGAGUUUCCCGACCAAUCGGAUAGGACUAUGGAUCCGCGGGGCCAGCGGCGUUGCUGGCCCCGCCGGCUUAAUCGACAGGGUCUCGCCGCGUCGAAGAUUUGUACGCCGGUAAUUCGGCUGCGUCGCACGCGCGCCGACUCUGGCCGAUCCUCUCGUUGAAACGGCGUUCGCGUGCCAACGUCGCUCAAGUUCGGCACGGCCGGUUCUUGACGCUGAGUUUCAAGCGCGGACAGACGAAGGCUGACUUUCCUUCUCGUUGCGGAACUUCUCGAGGCAGAUAAGAGUCCGCAACCGGACAAUUUCGCGCUUGCACCCGCGCUGGUCCCGGCCCUUGGCCGCCACGUUUCGAAGGUUUCGCGGCGACCGCGAGAGGAUCGGCCGGUCCAGGAGCCGUGCCCACGGAAAGCAUGUUCCGUUGUAUCGAUAAUAAUUGACAGCCUCGGCGAACCGAGGUGGCAAUUAGGCGUGCAGAAGCGCGCGCCUCGGGGCUACGAUUUUAUAUUUUCCAAGAAUCAUCUCGCCUAGCUGCCACCACGCACGAGCCUCCAGGCUUCUUCGCGAGUACUAUUAUUGCGGCUAGAUUAAAUCAAUCGUCGAUCGUAGACGGAGACGUUACGCGCGCGACCGCCUGUAAGCCCCGUUCGGGCAGUUCGUUCGCGGUAGAAAGUGCGGAGAGCGUCGGCGGAUAUCUCUUCGACUAAUUGUGCGUCUCGCGAAGCACGAGACCAGGCUUCUGUGUUCGAUCUAACGGCGUCGUGCUCUCCCCGUCGAUUAAAAUCGAGCCGGACCCUUUCGCUCCCGAGACCAGCUUCGUGUUGAUCGCUCGAAUCUUCGAUCCGAUUGCUCCGACGCGCGUUCGAUCGCGUGGCUCGAACGUGUCUCCAAGCCGCGAUCAACUCGAGAGAGAGAGAGAGAGAGAGAGAGAUCCGGUUUUAUUUCCUCUGUAAAAUACUUCUCCUAGUUUUCACGUCCGAACUUUUGUAUACUUGAUUUGGAUGAGGUUCGCCGAGCCACCGCGGUCCGGAGAAGCGACGAUCCGCUUGCACAGCUUCUCUCACCGAUAUCAUCGGACACAUUCAACGGAGUCAAUCAGAUCUGGAUCGAGCCUUGAAUUACCUCUGUAACUCGAACGAAAGGGUCAACGCGAUUUAUCGACUGCCAGGCGAAAAGAACGAAGAGUCGGUCGCGCCGUCUCCGCCUCGAUUCCGCUCGGCGGUCGCGAGCAGCCUCGUGUCCCGGGCCGCGUCCCCGGAAAGUUCUUCACACAUGUUCGAUCGUGCAAUAGAGGGUGUAUUGCGGAUAAAUUGGUGCUAAAACGCGGACCAGCCGGACACCGGGGACACGAGGCUGUCUCCUCCCGGAGAGCGGGAAAAGCGAAAAUAAUUCUGAAGCGUCCGGAAGCACGGUGGUGUUGUCACGCUUCCGAGUAGAGAGAACGUAGACUGGUUGUUUCUAGCACGACGGUAGCGAUCGUCGAGGAUCGAUCGAGCAACAAAACGGAUCCGGACGCCCGGUUCGUGCGGCGUUACCGCGACGCUACGGGGGCGUCCGGGCGCACAGUCGCGUCGAGAGCUAGCGUCGGGCACACACGCGAGAGGAGAGAACACGAUGCCACGAGCACCAGCAGCACCAGCAACAUGCGGCAAGCAGCUGAGUCUAGACGUAAAGAGCCUCUAACACAAAGACUGAUUAGCUAAACCCAUUUUAUUAACGCCCGUAUUUGCUGAGUAAGUUUAACGUUAUCGAAUCGAAAUGGUAGAAGUUCCACAUUUACAUAUGUAUACAUGUAUGCACGCGCGUACCCGCAUGCAUAUGUGCGUAUAUAUAUACAUAUAUAUGUACA